UAGAUCGAAUCGUGUUGAAGACAUAUAUCUACGUUUUUAUAAUGGAAAUGCAUUUGAAGAAUACGUGGACAUACCUCUUAGCCAGGCCUCUCGGCUCCUUGAGAUUCAAGGCUUUGAUAAAAACAAUUCCACCGUCCUUUACAUACAUGGUUUCAUAGAAACGGCUCAGCAAGAAAGUGUACAGGUCAUGGUGAGCGCGUACUUAGAGUCAAGACCGGCCACUAAUAUAGUAUUACUGGACUGGUCUAACAUGUCUCAUGGAUCCUAUUUAGUUAAUGCUGCCAGGAAUACAAAAAAGGUUGGAGCUGCAGCAGCCGAACACAUAAAUAAUUUAAUAGAGUCAGGCCUACCAAUAGAAAAAUUACACGUUAUAGGACAUUCCCUUGGUAGUCAUGUAGCAGGCUACUUAGCAAGAGAUCUCAAAAACAGAUAUAACAAAACUGUCAAAAGAUUGACAGCAUUAGACCCAGCCUUUCCUGCUUUUUAUCCAGACGGUGUGGUAAUGGAUCACGUCACGGAUAAGGACGCAGAAUUCGUAGAUGUAAUACAUACAGAUGCUGGAGGCUACGGUGCCCCGGUCCGGACCGGGACAGUAGAUUUCUGGCCGAAUGGCGGCAAGAGUAUCCAGCCUGGAUGUCCUCGAUUCGCCCCUAUACCGCUUUCAGAUGACAACCUAUGCAGUCAUUGGCGGUCGUGGAGGUUCUAUGCUGAAUCCGUUCGGAACCCUACAGCAUUUCCAGCAUCUCCUGCCGACUCGUAUCAUAAAUUUAGAGAAAAUCCCACACCAGAAGUUGGAAUGGUUUACAUGGGGGUGGACUGUGAUACAAGUGCUCGAGGAUCUUAUUAUCUAACAACAAAUGGCGAAUCUCCAUUCGGUAAAGGCAUCGAGGGUAUUUAUUAUAAAAGUAAAAAUAGUACAGGAACACAAUAAAAAAAAGGAACAUAUGUUUAUAGAUAUAGAGGCGAUUUUUCUUAACUAAAAAUGUCUUUAUCGAAUAAAAAUUGACAAAUUUUGAAUAAAAAUGUAAUUAAAUCAGACUUGAUUAAAAAAGUAGCAAUUUUGGUUGUAACGAUGUUUAGUUAGCAAUAUAUCUUAUUAAGAUAUACAUGAAAAUCA